GAUGGGUUUGCCAGUCAGGUGACCCGUCCGCCAUUUUGUCAGCCAUUUCCUACACUGGUCCGCUGCAGAUCAGUGCUUACAGAAAGAGCGAAAGCCCUCCUGCGCAGGCCGCUGUUCGGGACUGAAUGAGAGACUAGCGCUCCAGCGGGCCGGUCAGUGCUCACAUAAAGCCCGUGUCUGCGGUUCGGUCCGGUAGGACUGGAGGGAAAUCACCAUGGCUCUGAAGAUCGUGAAGGGGAGCAUCGAUCGGAUGUUCGAUAAAAACCUGCAGGAUUUAGUACGUGGCAUUAGGAACCACAAGGAAGAUGAGGCCAAAUACAUCUCAACAUGCAUCGAUGAGAUCAAACAAGAACUCAAACAGGACAACAUCGCAGUUAAAGCCAAUGCCGUCUGCAAGCUCACCUAUUUGCAGAUGCUUGGUUAUGAUGUCAGUUGGGCUGCGUUCAACAUCGUGGAGGUGAUGAGCUCCUCCAAAUUCACAUACAAGCGAAUCGGUUACCUUGCAGCAUCGCAAUGCUUUCACGAGGGCACUGAUGUCAUCAUGCUGACGACCAAUCAGAUCCGCAAGGAUCUCAGUAGUCCCAACCAGUAUGACACCGGAGUGGCCCUGACUGGCCUUUCCUGCUUCGUGACCCCUGACCUUGCUCGUGACCUGGCCAACGACAUCAUGACUUUGAUGUCCCACACUAAGCCGUACAUUCGCAAGAAGGCGGUGUUGAUCAUGUACAAAGUGUUCCUGAAGUACCCGGAGUCCCUUCGCCCCGCCUUCCCACGCCUCAAAGAGAAGCUGGAGGACCCAGACCCCGGUGUCCAGUCGGCAGCCGUGAACGUCAUCUGUGAACUGGCCAGAAGAAAUCCCAAGAACUAUCUUUCCUUGGCACCCCUGUUCUUUAAGCUCAUGACCUCCUCCACCAACAACUGGGUUCUCAUCAAGAUCAUUAAGCUGUUUGGUGCUCUCACUCCUUUGGAGCCUCGUUUGGGGAAGAAGCUGAUUGAGCCCCUAACAAACCUCAUCCACAGUACCUCGGCCAUGUCGCUUCUCUAUGAGUGUGUCAACACGGUCAUAGCAGUGUUGAUCUCGCUGUCCUCUGGGAUGCCCAAUCACAGUGCUAGCAUACAGCUGUGUGUGCAGAAGCUACGAAUCCUGAUUGAAGACUCGGACCAGAACUUGAAGUACUUGGGUCUUCUGGCCAUGUCCAAGAUCUUAAAGACGCACCCCAAGUCUGUGCAGUCACACAAGGACCUGAUCCUGCAGUGUUUGGACGACAAAGAUGAGUCCAUCCGACUGAGAGCCCUGGAUCUGCUCUACGGCAUGGUCUCUAAGAAGAACCUGAUGGAGAUUGUGAAGAAGCUGAUGCUGCAUGUGGACAAAGCGGAAGGCACCACUUACAGAGAUGAGCUGCUCACCAAGAUCAUUGACAUCUGCAGCCAGAGCAACUACCAAUAUAUCACCAACUUUGAGUGGUACAUCAGUAUCCUGGUGGAACUGACUCGUCUGGAGGGCACAAGGCACGGCCAUCUAAUCGCCUCUCAGAUGCUGGACGUCGCCAUCCGUGUCAAAGCCAUCCGAGGCUUCGCCGUGGCUCAGAUGGCCACUCUGCUGGACAACGCACACCUGCUGACUGGCAACACGCAGCGCAACGGGAUCUGCGAGGUUCUCUACGCCGCCGCGUGGAUCUGCGGAGAGUUCUCAGAGCAUCUUGAAGACCCCAUGCUGACACUGGAAGCCAUGCUGAGACCCAAAGUGGCCACCUUGCCCGGUCACAUCCAGGCGGUGUACGUGCAAAACGCCGCCAAGCUGUUUGCGACGGUGCUGCAGAAGCACGAAGGGGACACGGACAGCCAAGCGGCGCAGGAGACCAGCCAGCUGCUUAUAGACAGACUGCCGCUGUUCGUCCAGAGUGCCAACCUGGAAGUGCAGGAGAGGGCGUCCUGCAUCCUCCAGCUGGUGAAGUACAUCCAGAAGCUGCAGCAGAAGAACGUGGAGGUGGCCGAGGAAGUGACGGCUCUCUUCGCUGGAGAGCUCAAUCCCGUUGCCCCCAAGGCCCAGAAGAAAGUGCCUAUACCAGAUGGUCUGGAUCUCGAUGCCUGGAUCAAUGAGCCUCCGUCAGAGAGCGAGUCUGAGGACGAGAAGCCCAAAGCGGUAUUUGCUAAAGAAGAACCCAAGCACUCCAGAUCAAGACACGCCGAGGUUGACGAGAAAGAGUUGGCCAGGAGGAGGGAAGCCAGGAAGCAGGAACAGGCCAACAACCCAUUCUACAUCAAGGCCUCUCCAUCAUCUCAGAAGGUGUACGACGCGCCAGGUGUAGAACACAUUCCUGUGGUGCAGAUCGACCUUAGCGUGCCUCUCAAAGUCCCAGGGAUGCCCAUGUCCGACCAGUACGUGAAGCUGGAGGAGGAGCGCCGGCAGAAGGAGAAAGCUGACAGAAAGAAGAAGGAGAAGAAGAAAAAGCGUGAGAAGCGAGGAAAAGAAAGGAAAGGGGAUUCGGGUCCCGAGAGCGAGGAAGACAUAACGCCCGCUCACCAGGUGGACAUAGUCACAGAGGAAAUGCCAGAGAAUGCCUUACCAAGUGACGAUGACGAUAAGGAUCCCAAUGACCCUCAUAAAGCUCUGGACAUCGAUCUGGACAAUCUGCUCUCUGGUUCUAGCUCAAGGCCGCUUGCAGACAGCGAGAAGCUUCCGGUGAGGACCCACCGUCCAGAGGUGCUGAAGAGCCCUGCCGAGGACCAAGACGGCGAGAGCGUCUCGCAGGAGACCAAGAAGAAGGGCGGGAAAGAAAAGAAAGAGAAGAAGAAAGACAAGGAAAAGGACAGGAAGAGGAGCAAAGAGGAAAAGAAGAAAAAGAAGAAACACAAAGAAGCGGAGGACGAGCUUCUGGAGUCCCAGCCAGAAGAGGCCGUCCAAUCAGAGGAGACCAAAGAGCCGGCAGCCCCGCCCACAUCCACAUCUGCUGAGGCCUCGGAUCUGGAUUUCUGGCUCUCUAGCGCUCCUGUCCCCCCCGCCGCCCAGGAGGUGACGGUGUCCUCGUCUGCUGCUGCUGCGGACUUGAGCUCAGCGGCUGCUCCAGAGUCUGAACCCGAUGAGCCCAAAGAUACAGAGCCAGAGGACACGAAAUCCUCUAAACACAAGAAGAAGAAGCAGAAGAAGGAAAAGGAGGAGAAGGAGAAGAAAAAGAAGAAGCGGCACCACCAUCACCACCAUCACAGUGACGGCGGAGGAGACGAUUCGGUGCAGAACGGCACCGUGGAGGACGAGGAGCCCCUGCCGCCCAUGUCCAACUACUCUCUGCUGGCCGAGAACCCCUACAUCAAGAUGAUGAAAGAAGAUGCCGAUCAGGUGUACGACAUCCAGGGCAACCAUCAGGAUGAGAGCAAAGUUGUGGUGUCGGUCAUCUUCGAGAACAAGAGCGACAGCUUCCUGAAGUCGAUGGAGUUCAAUGUGCUGGAUUCCCUCAACUCUAAACUCCAGCGGCCGGAGGGAGCCGGCCCUCACGACGGCCUCACCGUCCCCUUCCAGCUGCCCCCAGGGGUUUCGAACGAGGCCCGCUUCGUGUUCUCCGUGCAGAGCAUCGUCAUGCCUCAGAAACUGAAGGGAACCCUCACCUUUAUAGUUAAGUCGGACGAAUCCUCCACUCAUGAGAAACUGGACUUCAAACUGCACUUUACAUGCACGUCAUACCUGAUCACCACUCCCUGUUACAGUGACGCAUACGCAAAGCUGCUGGAGUCGGGCGACCUCAAGGGCAGCUCUCUGCGGCUAGAGGGGGUCAACAUGCCCUUCCACCACCUGCUGGCCAGGAUCUGCUUCCACCAUCACUUCUCCGUUGUGGAGAGGAUCGACUCCUGCGCCUCCAUGUACAGCAGGUCGAUCCAGGGUCACCACGUCUGUCUGCUGGUCAAAACCUCCGAUCAGACGGUCUCCAUCGACGCCAAGUGCGACGAGCCAUCGCUGCUGGGGAAUGUUCUGGAUGAGAUCAAGCAGACCUUCUCGAAAUGCUGAUUGUGUCUGAGAGAGCCCUCGCCCUCGUCUCCCCGAAACCCCCCUGAACCCCCGUCCCAGCACAGCCGCUCGGGCUGAACCACACACUCAGAAUCAUAUAUAUAUCGCACUCUGAGACUCGUGUCCCUCCUCUUCCUUUGUAUUUAUUGGAUCAGUCGUUCUGCUGUUCUUCUUUUUAAGACCACAAAUUUCAAGCCUUUGUUUCCCCUCCUCGACCUCCGACGUGCAUUGUGUUUCUUCACCCUCUUCCUCAGCUUCUUCGUCGCUCUGACGGUCUUUCCAUUGUCUUAACGGUCCAUGACUUUCAUCUUGAGAACUGGAUUUUUUUUUUUCGUUGUCAAUGCUUGAGUUGUGUGCUCCUUUUCUUCUUCUUUUUUUCCUCUCUUCUUUUUGUUUUGCGUUGUGUUGUUUGUUGCGUUUUUAUUUCUGUCCUGAACUCCAUCAUCGCCUUUCUCUGCAUUAAACAUCAAGCGUGUCUGUUCCUUACCAGUAUCGUCGCUUAUGUGUUGCUCUUUUUCGAAGGCUAGCCCUUGCGGGACUGGUUUCGAAACCAGAAACAUCCUUCCCCCGAACUCUAACUGCCUCUGAGCACUAAUUUCACUCAUUUAGUCGCACGCAUACAGGACAUACAGGGUUGCAUCCUCGACCACGUUUAUGCUCGCGAUAUUAGAGAUGACCCUACUAUUUGCGUCCGAAUGUUGGGAGAUAAUACUACAGUUGCAUAAAGGUAACUAAACCGCACACUAACAAACCUUGCUCAGGACAAUGACAGUAGGCGAAAGUGUCGAGAUGAACAAAAUCGGAUUAUUUUACAUCUCGCCAAUCCGAUUCCAGUAAGUCUUAUGCUUUCACGUUCCAGUUAAUAAACGGUAGGGUUGCAAAAGAGGUGAAAAUGUUCCGGUGGAUUUCUGAAACGUUCUUGAAACGUUGUUUUUUGCGAAGCCUUCUGAAAUUCGCUGACCAUUUCCGCCCCUCGGCAGCCCCAUCGGACUCCGCCAGGAUGAAAUCUCCAGGUCACCUGUUUACCUCGCAGUAAUUUUGAUUCGUACUGUAGUUUGUUGAGGGGGGGAAAAAUAUAAAAAAUGCCGCAAAAUCAUUAAUCGCAAUUAAAGUUACAGAAUAAGAGUUUACAUAGCGUGUGUAUUAUCUGUGUAUGUGUAUACAUGCAUGUACAAAUUUCUAUAUUCAUAUCUGAUUCACUAUAUAUAAAAACACUCAUUUUAGUUGGUUUAAUCAAUUUGACUCGACUUAAGUAAUUUGGCUACACACGCACACACACACAAACUAAAGUACUAUUCAAAUUAAUGUUUUAACCCCAAAUAUUCCGUAAACAUGCCAUUUAACACACUGACAGUAUCUCAUGUUUCUGGACAGUAUUAUAUCAAAGCGCCAUCUUGAGAAUAUAACGCUGUUAAAGGGAGCCUAAGAAGUUAAGCGUACACUUCGUACGCUUUGCCACCAUCCAGACUCGUGCUUUUGUGUUCUUCAGCAACUAGAACUGCCGUCUUGUACAUUUGCAAAUUACAUUUUUUAUUUUUUUUUUUUCCCUCCAUGCUGUUAAAUGCCUUUUAUUCCACACUAAUGAACUUCUACUGACUAAUUCAGGCACUCGCUGUAAGUAAUCCCUGUGUUUUUGUAACUGUGUGAUCCAGCACGCUGUAGCGCUCGGUUGCGAGGACGCAACCAAACUAGUGGAGAUCGCUCAUGAAACCUGACGCUGUCCUGAGGGGAACCUCGCAAGUGCUUUCCAUCGUACGAGCGAGUUCAUCAACAAGAAGUGACUUGACGAGCGGGUUAAAAGCACGUUUCUGGAAGAACGACAUCUCUAGGGGGUUACAGGCCCUGUGAGGAGAAAAAAAGCGACUGUAAUUAUUAACAAGUCUGAAUUUUGUGCUACAAGUCACAUUGAAAUUUAUAACUUGCAUGGGUAGGAAUGUAAACUUUUUUUUUUUUUUUUUUUUUGCCUACUUUUUGUUUUGUUUUCGACUAAUACACGAACACUUGCGUAGAAAUCUCCCCUAUCAUUCCUCGAUUGUCGCAAUCAUUUUCUAGUUAUCUUUUUUUUUUUUUUUUUUUUUACGUGAAAGUUGGCUUCACCGUAUUACACCUUUUGAUGGUAUAAUGUAUUUUUAUUUGUUACGAGUACAUAAACUUCAGAAAAUGUCUUGGAAUGUUUUUAAAAAAAAUUGCAUUUUGCAUUAAAUUAUUAUAAAUAUCAGUAGAGGGGGUUUGGGGGGUGGAUUUAGGGGCUCCGUAUAGAUAUGAAUACUUUAGCCGUUAAAUGUGAUUCAAGUGAAGUGGCCCAGCUGAUCUAAUAAGGUUUUUCCCCUCUGGCAAGUUGUAGUGCAGAUAUUGCUGGAUUUGGCUUAUCAUUAAAUAUACUCUCGUCGCUCUUCGUUUGGAGGUACUGUCCAACUCCUUCAUAUGUAUUUUCCGACUGUAUGAUGUAAUAUAAUGUUUUAAGAUGAAUAAAUGAAGUACGAGAAUGACCGAUAAUGUGAAAGCAACGUUUUUGAGAGGUCCACGCAAAAAAAAAAAAAAAAAAAAAAAAAAGAGUUUGAGAAGGAUGCUGAGGUUUUGUGUGUGUACCAAUAAAUUCAUACAUCUAUAUGUAGACCAAGUGUUUGACCGACUGUGCUUGUUCACCCAUGAUUACAAACAGGAAACACUGAACAAAGUUAAUAAAUAUAUAUGUGUAUUUUA